CCGUAGCUGGGACUGGGCGGCGCUGUGUCCUUGUUUUCCUGUGAUGGCAGGCUGCAGCUGAGAGGACUGGUCGGCACUUUUAUAACUUUUUCCCGUCACUAGAGACAUUUCAGCUUGCAAUUUGAUGGUGACUAAGAUGAAGACCUUGGGACGAGGCCAAAAGAAGUAAAAUAAGAAGUCAAAAGAAAUCUAGACUGUGCAGAAGGACAGAGAAAUCCGGAAUUUUCUGGUAGAAAAUCUUUUAUAGAGGAAUCAGGAUGGACGAGCGGGCCAACUUAAUGAAUAUAAUGAAGAUUUCUAUAAAGGUAUUGAUCCAGUCUGCUCUAAAUCUGGACAGAAGCCUGGAUUCUGAUUUCCCCCCAUUGCAGCAGUUUUUCUUUGUAUUGGAGCACUGCCUGAAGCAUGGUCUAAAAGUUAAAAAGAGCUUUAUUGGCCAGAAUAAAUCUUUUUUUGGCCCCUUGGAACUGGUAGAAAAGCUUUGCCCCGAGUCAGAGGACAUCUUUACUAACAUACGGAAUCUUCCAGAAAUUAAGACUUCUUUCGGUAGAGGGAGAGCUUGGCUGCAUUUGUCAUUGAUGCAGAAGAAAUUAGCUGACUACUUACAAGUUCUUAUUGAUCACAAGGAUCUGCUAAGUGACUUUUAUGAGCGGGACGCUUUAAUGAUGGAGGAAGAAGGAGCUGUUAUUGUUGGUCUUCUUAUGGGACUUAACAUGAUUGAUGCAAAUUUAUGCCUCAAGGGAGAAGAUUUAGAUUCUCAGGUGGGCAUCAUUGACUUUUCUUUCUGUCUCAAGGAUAUACAGCAAAAUGAUAGUGAAAAAAAAGCAGAUGAAAUUACUACAGUUCUUGAUCAAAAGCACUAUGUUGAAGAGCUAAACAGACACUUAAGUUGCACAGUUGGAGAUCUUCAAUCAAAAAUCGAGCUCAUGGAAAAGACAAAUUCAAAGUUAAAUGAAGAGCUUGUGGCUGCCAAAGAUCGUAUUGUAUCACUGCAGGACGAGCAUAAUCAAUUACUACAAGAGAGUGCACGCAUGCAAAAGACGACUGAAAGACAUUUAGAGGAGGAGGAGAUAAUUUCAUGGGUGCUGUCGUGGAGACUUCCAGAAAAGGAAUUAUCGGUAAAUAUGCAGGAUACAAAGGUUGAAUUGGAAACUUAUAAACAAACGCGCCGAGGACUAGAUGAAAUGUAUAAUGAAACCUGGAAGCAACUAAAUGUGGAAAAACAAGUUAGAACGGAACUAGAAAAGGAACUCAAUUUGCAACUUGGGAUGAAGACUGAAAUGGAAAUGGCCAUGAAACUACUUGAAAAAGAUAUCCAUGAAAAACAAGAUACACUAGUAGUCCUACGAAAACAACUAGAUGAUGUAAAAUCCAUUAAUCUUCAAAUGUGCCAAAAAGUCAAGGAGACAGAAAUUGCCUUGCAAAACAAGAAUGAACAGUUAAGCUUAUUGCAAGCUAAAUCGGAUCUGGUAGACUCAACAACAAGAGCAUUGGAAGAAAGACUACAGGAAUCAGAAAAAAAAAGACAAAAAUCUGAAGAAAAUUGUAUCAAAAUGAAGAAGGACAUGGAAGCUAAAACAGAAGCCUAUAAACAUCAACUUCAAAAGCUGGACUCGCAACGCUCCCAUUUAGAGGACAAUCUACAAUCUGAGAGAGAACAACAAAAAACACUUAAAAUAGAGCUUGAUAAAGAGAAAGAGAAGAACAAAUCCUUACAAAAUGACUUACUGCAAUAUUUACAACUUAAAAAGGACUUUGAUAAGUUGUUUCUAGAAAAAAGCCAAUUGCAGAAGCUGUGUGAAGAACAGGAGCAGGCCCUUCAAGAAAUGGGCUUUCAUCUCAGUCAAUCAAAGUUAAAAAUGGAAGACAUCAAAGAAGUAAACAAAGCUCUUAAGGGCCAUACAUGGUUAAAGGAUGACGAAGCAACUGGCUGCAAGCAGUGUAAAAAAGAAUUCUCUAUUUCAAGACGAAAGCAUCAUUGUCGAAACUGUGGAGAUAUCUUUUGCAACACUUGUUCAAGUAAUGAACUUUCAUUGCCAUCGUACCCUAAGCCUGUCCGUGUAUGUGACACGUGCCACAACUUGCUGCUCCAGAGGUGUUCCUCUAACUGUUCUUGAGGUCUCAUUCUUUAAAGUGUCAAUGCAAAAUCGUACUAAACUUUUCUAUGUAAAAUUAUUUUUUGCCUGUUACAUACGUGUAAUCAUUCUUGUUAUCAUGUUCACAAAACUAAUCACAAAAACACAAUUUUAACAAAAUAUACAUUAAGCAAUUGUAUCACUACAAUGUUUCACAUAUUUUGUGGAAAUCUGUACUAAAAUGAAAAGCCUGUACUAUUUUUGUGACUAUCUUUUGGAAUCUGUAUAUCAAACAUACAAAUGUGCCUUGUUUUUACAGUUCUUCACUUUUAUCAAAAUAUGCAGCUCAUGUUUGCUACAAAUCUUUAUUUGAUACCAGAAAGUAAGUAAAUAUACAUUUGAUUA